AGUUGUCUCUUAAUCGUCAGAAAUUACAUUUUCUCUAAUUUCUUCUUCAGCUCAAGAUUGGAAAAAUGUUGGUAACUGUGGAGCUCGAUUGGAGUGCGGUCCACAGUGUCAGCGGCUGUGUCUAAUGCAGCACAAUUACUACCGGUCUUUACACAAUUCCCCUCCGCUCAAGUGUGAUCCACAGUUGGCUGAGUCUGCGCAGUCAUGGGCAGAUUUUAUCGCUGGCCAAGAAACAGUUCAGCGGUCUAAGUCAACAGAUGAUUACGCUGAAAGCAUUUCAUGGAAGGGCUGGGGCUGGAAAGGAAUGGAAACUAAACUAGGAGCGAUUCCUGGUGCAGUACGAAGCUGGUACAGUGAGCUUAAACGUGGCUAUGAUUACAAUACAGGUAAAGGAAACGUGACUCAUUUCAAAUCUGUGGUUGACGCUCGUGAAGCUCGCCUUGGCUGUGGUAUCAAAAUCACACCAGGAGAUGGAACAUAUGUCGUAGCUCAUUAUUCCUUAGGUCCUGGGGAGAAAUUCAAGCUUAAUGACUUCACUCCAUCGAAAGACGUGCAAAUAAGGAAGCAGCCCGAUCCUCAGUGCCACUUAAAGUCAUUUGAAAGGGAGCAAUGUGGAGAACUAAAAAGCCCAUUUAUAACCCCUGACAAGUAUAAACUAAAUCAGUGUCUUCUUGCAAAGGCUAAACAAACGAAAGUAGUUAUCUGA